AUGUUUGAAAAAGUCUUCCGCAAAAGACCCCAGGACCUCUAUGAUAAUGGCGAGCUGCCCAGGGAGUCAGUCUCCACAGGGGACCACGAGAAAGGGCCCAGCAAUGUCGUAGACACGCCGAUCCCUCUUCUAACAUGGCGCUCCUUAACCAUGGGCAUCUUCGUCUCUAUGGGUGGUUUUCUGUUCGGCUACGAUACCGGCCAGAUUUCUGGGUUUCUGGAAAUGCCAGACUUCCUCCAGCGCUUUGGUGAGCUGGGGUCUGAUGGAGCUUAUCACUUUAGUAACGUACGCUCAGGUCUUAUCGUUGGUCUGCUGUCCAUUGGUACUUUGAUCGGGGCUCUGGUCGCUGCUCCAAUUGCCGAUCGUGUCGGACGAAAAUGGUCCAUCAGCGCUUGGUGUGUCAUUCUCAUGGCUGGUAUUACUGUUCAGAUUUCAUCGCCUACUGGCAAGUGGUACCAAGUGGCCCUCGGUCGUUGGACUGCGGGUCUUGGAGUUGGCGCUCUGUCCUUGCUGGUGCCCAUGUACCAAGCAGAAUCAGGACCACGACACAUCCGGGGGUCUUUGAUUAGUACAUACCAGCUGUUCAUCACCCUAGGCAUUUUUGUCGCCAACUGUAUAAACUUCGGAACCGAAGCUCGCACAGAUACUGGCUCUUGGCGCAUUCCCAUGGGAGUAACCUAUAUCUGGGCUAUCAUUCUCUGCUUAGGCAUGGCCUGUUUCCCAGAAAGUCCUCGCUAUGAUUAUCGUCACGGCAAGGUGGAUAAAGCGAUCGACACCCUCUCCAAGAUCUACGGUGUCCCCCGCAAUCACCGCGCCCUCCAUAUCGAGUUCGACGAGAUCAAGCAAAAGUACGAAGAGGAAGUUCGUAACGGAGCGGUAACCUGGAAACAACUCUUCCGCGCCCCGACUAUGGCUAAACGUGUGGCCGUCGGUGUAGCCCUCCAAGCCCUGCAGCAACUGACCGGUGCCAACUACUUCUUCUACUAUGGAACAACUGUGUUCAUGGGCGCCGGCAUUGAGAAUAGCUACGUCACACAGAUGAUUCUGGGCGGCGUGAACUUCGGAACCACUUUCCUCGGCCUUUAUUUGAUCGAGCACUACGGUCGCCGACGGUCUCUAAUCGCUGGUGCCCUGUGGAUGUUCGUCUGCUUCAUGGUCUUCGCCUCGGUAGGCCAUUUCUCCCUCGACCGUGAGGAUCCACAGAGGACAAAGUCUGCCGGUGUGGCUAUGGUGGUGUUUGCUUGUCUCUUUAUUCUUGGCUUUGCAAGUACCUGGGGUCCCAUGGUGUGGACCAUCAUUGCCGAGCUGUACCCUUCGCAGUACCGUGCGCGCGGUAUGUCCCUGGCCACCGCAUCCAAUUGGCUGUGGAACUUCCUGCUGGCCUUUUUCACCCCGUUCAUUGUCAGUGCCAUUGACUUCCGUUUCGGGUAUGUCUUUGCGGGCUGUUUGUUCCUUGCAGCAGGCUUGGUCUACGUUGCUGUUAUCGAGGGCCAGGGUCGUACGCUGGAGGAAAUCGAUACUAUGUAUCUGAUGAAGGUCAAGCCGUGGAAUAGCUCCAAGUUCCGGUUCCCGGCCGACCCUAAUAUUAUUCGGGGGUCUUUUGAUAAGGGGACGAAUGCUGGUGCAGCGUCCCAUGUUGCAGAUGCGACGGGUGGAGUGCAAGAGGAUAUUCCCACGGUGCCCGAAACCCGCCCAGAAGCAUGA